GUCGUAUCCGCGCCCCGAGCUCGCUGCGAUGGCCGUCGACGCCGCCAACAGACCCUACUUCUUCCCCGUAGACAACGGCAAGUCCGAUGUCCAGGUCCCAGACCGCACCGUCUGGGUCGACGAACGCCCGGGCGCGUCGACGACGCCCACCCCGACAAGACCGUCUCUGUCGUCCAAAUAUCCAAUCUCCCAGAAGAAUUCGCAGGCGUCUUUCUCCACUAGCCCUCGCCACGGCUCCAGGAACACAAACGACUCACAUUCCAUCGCCGACACCUGGUCCUCCCGUGCGGACUCCCUCACGCCGCCCAAUUCGUAUAACAACGAGCACGCAUCCUCUUCGCGCAAUGUUCUCCGCAAACCAAAGUCGUCCAAGAACCUUUUUUCCAUGCUCCGCCGCUCAAAGAGCAAGCCACGACUCGAUGCGGACGACCCACAGCCUCCUGGCGCAUCAACCUCUUCUCCUCCCUCGUUGCCUUCCUAUAUCGACCAAGACUCCUUCCACCCACUUAGCUCGACUUCCCCGUCCAAGUGGUCCAAGCCGGCUGGUAAACACAGGCGGAAGCAUACCAAGACCUCGCCCACAAGCUCACUUCCCACGACAGAGUCCUUUGACCUUGAUCUUAAUGUGAUGGAUGGCAUCGUGCACCCCCAUGCUCUCCAGCAGGCAACCGGCGGUAGUCCACCAGCUCCUACAUCUCUCGAAGUAGAUCACUCUCCUCUACCUGACACCCGUGUCAGGACAUUGCCUCCGGUCAAGUCGAAUGCACAUGAGCCUAUCGAGCUCUUCACUAACCCGUUUCGUGCCCAGUCUCCGCCGCAUAGACUAAACCCAAGAGAGCGGAAUAUAUCGCCUAAAUCCCUCCCGCCACUACCGCUCAUAGCUCCAGCUGUCACUCCUCCCGUGCUUAAUCCCGUGCUCAAUAUCACCGCCGAAGGUCCCUCCGAAGAAGACCCCACUGCUUGGAACGCCCCCGACAGUUGGGCCGUUGAUCCUGUCGAAGGCCAGCAGGAACCGGAGUACUCGAGUUCUGAAGAGAGCCCCGCGUCAAAGCCCGCUGCGUCACCCGAAGCUUCCGCCAAGAAGGACAAGCGUAUUAAGAGGCGGACUCAGACCAUAGCUGUUAAACCAGCAACCCCCACGACAAAGACGCUUUGGACGAUACGUGUUCACUGCCCAGGCAACACCUUUCACGAACUAUGCCUCGAACUUCCAGUCACUGUGGCGGAGCUCACGCCACAUCUCGACCAACAGGUACUGGGCUUGUCGGAAGAACCCAAGCCUGGGGAGAAGCGUCAUGAGAUUCACAAACUUUAUCUCAAAGAGCGAGGGCGAGAACGAAUGUUGGCGGCGACAGAGCGACCCGCUGACAUCGUUCGAAGGCGGCUUGAGCAGGCUGGUUACGAAGCCGCCGACGGUCUUGAAAAGCUUGGAGGCGAAGAUCUGAGCUUCCUUCUCAAGUUUCUUUAUAAGUCGUAUGCGCUCGGUCCUUCCGAGGACGACCUGGAAUUCGUCGACUACGAUCACGUCGAUUUGACGAAUAAGAGUCUGAGGACGAUUCCCGUACCUCUCUACAGCCACGCCGAAGGGAUCAUAUCCCUCAAUCUCUCCCGAAAUCCCAUGCUCGAAAUCCCGCUCGACUUCGUACAAUCGUGUACAUCGCUCGAAGAACUCCGCCUUUCCAACAUGUCAAUCAAGAAAGUCCCGCAAAGCGUACGACACUGUACCAGUCUCCUCAAGCUGGACCUUUCAUGUAAUCGGAUCGGUGAUCUCGACGCCGGACUUGAACGAAUACCGGGACUAACGAGCCUCAUCGCACAGAACAACAGGAUGGAGAAGCUUCCAUGGUACCUCCCUCGCCUACGUUCUCUGAAACACCUCAAUAUCUCAAACAACAAGUUCCGAGAGUUUCCAGAGCUUUUGUGCCAGAUGACCCACCUCGUCGAGCUCGACAUCUCGUUCAACAUGAUCUCGGAGCUUCCAGAGGCGAUCUCGGAUAUGCAAGAUCUCGAGAAACUUAUCAUGGUCGGGAAUAGGGUGUCGAGGUUUCCGGAAGGGUGCAGUCGACUCUCCAACUUGCGGGUUUUGGACUGCAGGAGGAACGCCAUCACGGACGUGACGAUCGUGGAGAUGCUGCCGGAGUUGGAGGUUCUGCUCGUGAACCACAAUUCGGUCCAUGCUCUCGAUCUGUCUUCAGGCCCUUGCGUGAAAGAGAUCGACGUCUCCCACAACGAUAUCACGCACAUCAUUCUGGUUCCAGGACCUAUUGGGCAGAUACCACACAAUCUGACUUCACUCAACAUCUCACACGCGAAGCUGUCCUCGCUUGAUGAUCUUGCGCUCGCAUAUUUGACCUCUCUGCUGGAGCUCAAUCUUGACUACAACGAAUUCCGGUUCAUUCCUGACUCGUUAGGCGAACUCUCCCGCCUGGUCUCAUUUUCAUGUUCAGAUAACAAGCUCGAUGCUCUUCCUUCCACCAUCGGGAAGUUGCAGAAGCUUGAGCGUCUGGACGUACAUAACAAUAACCUUACCGAAAUUCCGGCUACCCUGUGGAAUUGUGCCUCCCUCACGCGUAUUAACAUGACUUCCAACCUCAUCGCAACGUGGCACCCUCCAAUCGCCACUGCUACACUUCCUCCCCCUCCGACAGCAUCUUCAACACUCACCGUUCCCGAACCUACAUCGAGCACGUUCCCUAUUGCCGGCUCUGAACGUAAGCUUUCGUCCGCUAGUACCAUCGGUACCAGUUCUUCUCCACCUGCGCCAUCGACACCUUCUCGCACCCUACCAGCACUCGCCCACUCUCUCGAACAGCUCUACCUCGGCGAGAAUCAUCUCGCGGACGACAGUCUGCCCUUCCUGACCAUCUUGCGGGAACUCCGUGUCCUGAACUUGUCGUUCAACGACAUCCAGGAGAUGCCGAGUACGUUCUUCAAGGAUAUGACGCAGUUAGAGGAGCUGUAUCUGAGCGGGAACAAGAUCUCGAGUCUACCGACGGAGGGUCUUCAUAGGAUGACGAGGCUGCAGGUGCUGUUUCUGAACGGGAACAGGCUGCAGACGUUGCCGCAUGAACUGGGAAAGAUCCCGAGCUUGGCGGUGUUGGAUGUGGGCAGCAACGCGUUGAAGUACAACAUCAACAACUGGGAGUUUGAUUGGAACUGGAACUUCAACACCAACUUGCGAUACCUUAACUUGUCUGGAAACAAGCGUCUCGAGAUCAAGCCCGACCAGGCACGCAAGGGUCAGCCUGCAGAGAGCAGGGUCACCAUCGACCUCGCCGCAUUCGACCAUCUCUCGCAACUCCGCGUGCUCGGUCUCAUGGACGUCACCACAACCUUCGCUCCCAAUAUUCCCGACGAUAACGAGGACCGUCGUGUCCGUACUUCGCUAUCCGAAGUCAAUGGCAUGGCCUAUGGUAUCGCGGACAAUCUGGGGAACAAAGAUUUUGUUUCCAUGUUCGAUCUCGUCCAGCCCAUAUUUCAGAACAGGAAGGACGAGGCUAUUUUCGCCAUGUUCGGCAGGGCGCAGUCUACACCGCACAAUAACCUGAUCUCCAAGUACCUGCACGAUAACUUCGUGGGCAUCUUUCAGGAGUGCCUGUCUGGGUUGCAGAAGGAUAAGGGAGAGACGGUCCAGGAUGCGUUGAGACGGACGUUCUUGAAGCUGAACAGGCUCACGCACGAUUCUUUGUUCUCGGCGAGCGGAAAUCUGCAGCGGAAAAUGUCUCAGGCGAGCCGAAAGUCGUCCAAGCUCUUCAGUAUGUCCGAGGCAACGAAUCUCGGCGCUUCCGGCAUCGUGCUGUACAUCCAAGGGAAGACACUCUAUGUCGCGAACGCUGGGAACUGUCUCGCCGUCGUGUCCAGGCGCGGGACGGCAGAACUGGUGUCGGAGAAGCACGACCCGUUCGACAGGACGGAAAUCUCGAGGAUCCGCUCGGCAGAGGGUUGGGUCUCGCCGAAGGGCCUGGUCAACGACGAGGUCGACAUCUCUAGGUCUUUUGGUUUCUUCCAUCUCUUACCCGUUGUCAACGCCCGACCUAGCAUCAGGCAAUACGAACUGUCGGAGCAGGAUGAGUUCGUAAUCAUCGGGAAUAGCGGCCUAUGGGACUUCGUAUCUUACCAGACGGCGGUCGAUAUCGCGAGGUCGGAGAGAGCGGACCCUAUGAUUGCUUCACAGAAACUCAGGGACUUCGCGAUCAGUUAUGGUGCCGAGGGAAGUACGAUGAUCAUGGUUAUUUCCACCGCCUCACUCUUCCACAACCGCGACAGACAGGCGACCGUUGAGUCUCUUGUUGACUCCGAUACGUACGCCCUGGCGAGGAGGAAACGGAAGGACGAGCAUAUCGGAGACAGGAAUAUCGCUCGUUUGGACGAAGAAGUGCCACCCCCUGUGGGCAACCUUGCGCUCGUGUUCACAGAUAUUCGAAAUUCGACGCAUCUCUGGGAGACGAACGGUGCGAUGCCGACGGCCAUGCGGUUACAUCACUUCCUCUUGCGGAGGCAGUUGCGGUUCUGUGGUGGAUACGAGGUCAAGACGGAAGGCGAUGCGUUCAUGGUCGCGUUCCAGAACGUGUCGUCUGCCAUUCUGUGGGCUUUGAACGUUCAGCUGCAGCUUCUUCACGAGGCGUGGCCGAAGGAACUCCUCGAGUGCGAAGACGGGCGCGAGAUUCGCGACAAAGAGGGUAGGAUCAUCGCUAAGGGGCUUUCCCUUCGGAUGGGCAUCCAUUGUGGUGCUCCCGUAUGCGAGCCUGACGCUAUCACUAAGCGCAUGGACUAUUUGGGGCCCAUGGUCAAUCGUGCCGCCAGAGUCUGUGGUUGUGCCGCCGGAGGCCAGAUCAUGCUCAGCGCUGACGUCGUUCGCGAAAUUCAAGCACGCGUACUCGAGACGGGACCCGACACGGACUACUCGGUAUACCAACCCCUUCAUAUCGUAGAGGCCAUCCGCCGGCUUGACAUCAUUGUGGAACCUAUUGGCGAAAAGAAGCUCAAGGGACUCGAAGUACCCGAGAUGCUAUCUCUCGUAUAUCCUCGUGCACUCGCUGGGCGGAGGGUCCUGGAUGGGGAUGCUUCAGAUGAUGUUCCACGGGAGAAUGAGGCGGAAGGUGGCCUCGAGUCCAUAGAGUGUAGUGUGGAUCAGCUGAAGGAACUCUCCAUGGUUUGUCUUCGUCUCGAGGCGCUCACUAUUGGGCGCAUUUUCCGUCCCCUUCCUCCUAGGAAAGGGAGCAACGCACAGCAGAUGCCACCACCACCACCCCCUCCGCCACUUCUUCCAGCAGCAGAUAUACGAGUAAAGGGCCAGGCUCCACUGGAGAAGUCUGACGGCAGCUGUUCAACACAACUCGAAGCCGCCGCGGACACUCCACAGCUCUUAUGUGCCGACCCUGCGUUGUUGACACCUGCGAUACCCGAUAAGCCUUCCCAGGCGGAAGUGCUGUCCAUCCUGGAAUUUUUGAUGAUCAGGCUUGAGCUCUCUACGACGUCGUUGGCAAACUCCUCGAUAUUCUCUACCCCAGAGAUUGUGGCGAUAUCAGAUGCGUUGAAGAAGCGGAGAGGAAAGCCACUGGACGCAGUCAGACUGCAAGAGAUUUUGGGGCUUCUGGAAUUCUAAUUUUUCUCCCUGUCCUUUCACCUUCGGACGUGUUUUUCUCGUUUGACACUUGACGCUCUACCCUCCUCUUCCCGAUAUAUUUUUCCAGGGUUUGUUGAUAUUUCUUUUGGGCUUAUAUUUAUUCCAUUAUGCUUCUCGUGUCCGUUUUCCUGUCGUUUGCAUCUACAACACUCCUUUCGCUCCACGAAUCCUUUCGUCAUCUAUCCUUACCGAUCUCCCACUAACCAUCGCGCGCCAUCCGACCGUCAUAUAUCCCGUAUCGUACGUGUAACCCUCUGGACUGACUUUUCUCUCCUUGUUCUACUUUAUAUGUUGGGGCCCACUCAGCGCCAGGCGGCAGUCCUCGCAGCUGUUAUGUAUGUGUAAAGAGAUGUGUUUUAGGACAAUGUACUGUAU